AUGGUACCAAACCGCACGUCCGUCAAUGGAGCUCAAAGUGAGACUUACUUGAAGCAAAUGAGCGAAGAGGGAGACUCGAGAAAGAGACAGCUUUCCAUUGUUUGCAACGAAGGCUUGUAUGCGCGCACUGUACGCUCUUUCAUCACGACGAGCUGCGUCGCCAACGGAGAAUCGGACAACCAGCGACAAGUCGUCCUAGGGAACGACCUUCUAGCCAUAGGGUCUUAUUUCGCAAAGCUCACCCAUCGCUCUGCCGAAGCCAUCAAGGCUCAAAAACAGUUCAGCUCUUUCCAGUUGCUCCUUUUAUUGUCAUACAUCGCCUUUGUUCAACACAAGGGCUAUUCGGACGAGGACAUCGAUCUUCACAUACAAAGUUUCUGCGUAGUCAACCAGAACCGACGGAGGCAAUUAAUCCCACGAGCGCUCAAGGUGAAUCAGGUCAUCUGUGAGAUUGUCCGCGUUUGUGGUUGGAGUAUUGCCCGAGCUACAGAGGUGUUCUUUCUUUGCUGUUGGCAAUCAGUACAGAAGACCUCGACCGCAUUCCGCAGCAACUUCGCGACGCGAAACACGAUUUCAAAACGUGUCUCACGCCGCGGUACCACAUACCAGGCCUGUUACUAUGCCUCGUUACUUCAGCAGGUCUUGCUAGAGAAACUUUAUAUCUUCCGGGUUGACGCUGCAGAGGAGCCUCAGCCUUCUAUACUUCUCGAUGCCAGCGCCAACUCUUCGACCAGCAGAAAACGACCUCUAGACAAUAAACGGAAGACUAGAUCCCACAAGCGUACACAGGUUGACACGAGAAUUCCAAGCCAUCAAAAGGAUGCCUCAGAUCCCGCACCCUUGCAUGCAGAGGGGAGAGUCGGAACGGGUGACGUGCGGCAAGCUCUUGAGCAGCCAGUACCUAGCGCUUCUCACUUACUUGCCAGUACUUCUGGAAGUAAGGGGAGUGUUAUAAGCAAUGGACCGCAAGAUAUGGGCCAAGAUUUAGAAGGUGAAUUUCCCUCCACAAUACCUGCAGGCAUCAUUUCGCAGCAGGAAAUUGAUGAAAGCUGAUCCACGAAGGCGCUGUAUGCCAAAAUCUACGGGCGGACCCUACAGACAAGCCUGCUGGAAGGGAACUGGG